UCUGUCACAUCUGUCAGGUCAGUCUUAGCCCGAUAUCGAAAGACAACAGGGGUGUCAAAUUCCUUUUCUUUCGGAAGUUGCAGCACCAAAAGUAGCGUAUUCAAGACACAUCAUCCGAAAGUACCACAUCCGAAAGUACCACAUCCGAAAGUAUCACAUCCGAAAGUAUCACUACCAUGGCGGAUGAGAAGAGGAAAUCCGCCGUAAAAUUUGGUGAUGCUCCCGACAUCAAAUUCAUCUUUCCACGUGACAGCGGAGCUAUUCUACUAGCGGAAAAAUAUCGACUUGCAGACAAAAGUGAGGUAUUUCGAAAGCUAUUUGGUUCAUCAUCCGGUGGCCAGGAACAUGGAGAACAAAUUUCUAUCACAGAUAUAUCGUAUGAAAUGUUCCGCAUAAUGAUUAGGCAUAUCUACAAUAAAGUUGUGGAAAUCAGUGAGCAAAACUUUCUGGAAAUUCUCUAUGCAUCCAGGAAGUACUUUGUCGAAACAUUAACUUACAUGGUGAUAAAAUUUGUGAUGAAAUUCAUCAAUGAAGAAAAUUUGGCAAAAUACUUUGAGUCCAUUGAUAAGUUUCAAAUCAAAAUGCUCAAUGAUCAUAUGAAGAAAGUAUGUAAGGCAUCCCCUUUGACAAUUAUAAAGAGUCUUACAUGUUCUGAAGCCCACAAGCGUAUUCUCGAAAUAAUACUGGAAUCAUCAGAUUUGCCAUGUUCAGAAUUCGAAUUGUAUUCAGCGAUUGUGAAAAUGCUGAAAAGUGAGAGAGGAAAUGGAAUAUUGUCUAAUGAAGAUUUGCAGAAGAAACUGGGAAAACUGGUUUACCUGAUAAGAUUUCCUACAAUGUCCAUCAAAGAACUGAUUUUGUGCGGAAAAAAACCAUCCCUGUUGACUUCUCAGCAAAUCGUGGACCUUCUACUUUGGGUACAAGAGAACACUUACUCAAAUUCUCUCCAGUUUUUCUCCAAUGUCCCAAGAAAGUCGUCAAAUAAAAGCUCUCCAAAAGAUCGUUGUUAAAAAUGCUACAGCUGCAGCAUGUGCAAAACUUUCGAGAGUUGCGGAGGAGUAUGAUCGGUAUACAGAUUAUGGUCAAGAUAAGAAUUUAAAAAAACCAGAGCCUGAUAAACGCAAGAAAUACACGUGAGAGGAUCACUUGAAAAAUGCCUAUGUCCAGAAAUAUGAAGUCAAUGAAUGGAACAAAUAACUUGAAUAAAUAUUUUGAA